UGUCAUUCAUGUAGCAUGUACUUACGUGGAGUGAGAGCAUUAUGUAUUUAAUGCAUCAAUUCCCGGAGUAACGUUAAUUGGGUAUUUCACUAUUUAUAGGGUGGGUUCGAGGUCGAAGAUGGAUGAAAGGAGACGAGCAACGUUUACCAAAACCUUGUACUGAUAGUCUUGUUAAAUAUCAGAAAUAGUUGUCAUUGACUCAAGUCUUAUUUUCUCCAUACACCGUCCGUGUUUGUAAUGUGUGAAGCUAGUUCACGCUAGAUAGCUAGUACUGAACGUCGAGUCUUUCCCCUCAUCCCGUAGCCAAAUUUACGGACCUAAAUUCUGUCAUAUUGGAGCAGGGCUAGGCAGCUAGCCUAGCCAUCAAUUGAAUCUGGAGCAGGAUACAGAGGAUAGUAUGGCCAUGACGGGAGGGACUGCAGCUGCCCUUCCCAUGAGCAACCACACCCGGGAGAGGGUGACCGUGGCCAAGCUGACAGUGGAGAACUUCUACAGCACUCUGCUGACACAACACGAGGAGCGAGAGACGAGGCAGAAGAAGCUGGAGAAAGUCAUGGAUGACGAAGGCUUGAUAGAUGAAGAGAAGGUAAUGCGACGCUCUCAGCACGCCAGGAAGGAAACAGAGUUCCUGCGGCUGAAGAGGACCCGGCUGGGCCUGGAUGACUUUGAGUCACUAAAGGUCAUUGGUCGAGGCGCCUUUGGAGAGGUCCGCUUGGUGCAGAAAAAAGACACCGGGCACAUAUAUGCCAUGAAGAUCUUGAGGAAAGCUGACAUGUUGGAGAAGGAGCAGGUGGCUCAUAUUCGGGCAGAAAGGGACAUCUUGGUGGAGGCGGACGGGGCCUGGGUGGUUAAGAUGUUCUACAGUUUCCAGGAUAAGAGGAACCUCUACCUCAUCAUGGAGUUUCUACCUGGAGGUGACAUGAUGACCCUACUGAUGAAAAAGGACACCCUGUCUGAAGAGGCUACCCAGUUCUACAUAGCUGAGACCGUCCUGGCCAUCGACUCUAUCCACCAGCUGGGCUUCAUCCACAGAGACAUCAAACCUGAUAACCUGCUUCUGGACUCCAGGGGCCAUGUAAAGCUGUCUGAUUUUGGUCUGUGUACAGGACUGAAGAAAGCCCACCGUACAGAGUUCUACAGGAACCUCACACACAACCCUCCCAGUGACUUCUCCUUCCAAAACAUGAACUCAAAGAGAAAAGCAGAGACAUGGAAGAAGAACCGGAGGCAACUGGCCUACUCCACAGUGGGAACACCGGACUACAUUGCCCCAGAGGUGUUCCUGCAGACGGGAUACAACAAGCUCUGUGACUGGUGGUCUCUGGGGGUCAUCAUGUAUGAGAUGCUGAUAGGGUACCCCCCGUUCUGUUCUGAAACACCCCAGGAGACAUAUAGGAAGGUGAUGAAUUGGAAGGAGACCUUGGUCUUCCCCCCCGAAGUACCCAUCUCAGAGCGGGCCAAGGACUUGAUUCUCAGGUACUGUAAUGACGCUGAGAACCGUGUUGGUGCUGUGAGCAUUGAGGAGAUGAAGAGUCACGCCUUCUUUGAGCCUGUGGACUGGGAACACAUCAGGGAAAGACCAGCCGCCAUCUCCAUUGAGAUCAAGAGCAUUGAUGACACAUCGAACUUUGAUGAGUUCCCAGAAUCGGACAUCCUUCAGCCAGUUUCCAACGUGACAGAACCAGACAAAUCGAAGGACUGGGUGUUCCUGAACUACACCUACAAGAGGUUUGAGGGGCUGACUCAGCGAGGCACCAUCCCCACAUACAUGAAGGCAGGGAAGGCCUGAGAUGAGGGAAAAUGGGAGAGACAAUGUGGACACAGGGUUGGGCGGUAAACCCCUGCUGUGCUGAAAGCGCAGGAUCAAGAAUGAUGAGGUUCUUGGUUUCAUGCUUCACUGGGGUUUUUCUGUUUGGUCACAGAUCCAUUGGGGCACCAAUGGCAAGAGGAACAGGGAUAUAAAUAAUACAUGUAUCGUCUUAGGCCUUGCUUGGGCUGUUAAUGGGGAAGUUUGUUUUACAACUUAAUGUUUGAUGGUCACUCAACCUGAAAAAACAGAACUUCCCUUUUUGAAAUGACUACUACUAGGUGUCUAAAUCAAUGGGCAUGUUCCUCUGCCCAGGCGUUGCUGAAGUGAGCCAGAUCUUACAACACUUGGAUAGGUAUUUUACCUAUUGGCUAACCACAUGUUAUAGCAAUCUGGUGCCCGACAGCGUAGUUGAUGACGAGAUAUGCAACGUUUGAGCAGGGGAAAGCGACCAUCAUAUCUGCAUGUUUACACACUGAUUUGCAGGGUCUAAAACACUGUAGAAGGACUGCCCCACACACAGGGUAUUCGUUGAGGGUUAUCCUAGUGUCCUCAUAUGACUGAAGAUAAAUGCAUAUAGUUAAUAUAAAGUAAACUUUUUCUAAACUUGUAGGUAUAAAAAGUUCUAACGUUUCAAGUCUUUUAUGGGUGCCAUGUUAGCCAAAAAGUUUCAUUCUAGUUACAAUGUAAUCCUUCCGUCAUGGAACGUUAGCUGCUAACAUGGGAGUAUGGUGAGCCAUCCAUACAUGGAUUAAUCCCAGAGCCAUAGAUACAUUGUGGUGUCUAUUUAAUGCCUUGAUAAUCUGGAAUUAAUAUCUCUAAAUGAUUUAAUGGUGUCAAAGAUGCAUAGAAAACUUUUAUUCUAGUGGUUGACGUAAGGAACGGUAAUGUAGAAUCAGAUUUGUUUUUGCAAGUUAGAGGACGAGUCAUGGAUGUCAUUGACAACUCAAGGCUAAUACUUAAAGGUAGCAAUAUGAUGCAGAAAGUAGAUGGCAUAUUGGGUCAAUUUCCACAACAACUAAGAGUGUUGAAGCGUGAUACUCAACUUCUCUGCUUUUUUGGUCUCGUGGCUACCAGGCUGUAUACGGUAUGAAGUGCAGAUGCUGUGUGUGACUGCGGGAGAGCAAUGUCUUGCAUCUCGCUCAUGUCAAUAUCUGCGGUGCUGCUCGUGGCAAUGUCAUUUCGCUUAGUCUAAUUUUACAGUAAUUACAUUUCUGUUCAAAUUUAUUGACAAAGAUGGCGCCUUUUUAUAUUUUUAAGUACAUCGGAAAUCAUGUUUGAUCUUCACAUCGCUCCCCAAAAUGCAUCCAUUUAAGUUAGGAACUACAUUUAAUUAAAUGUAACUUUUUAUAGUCACCCUUUAGUGAACACACGCUGUGUGUGAUGUCAUAAAUAUAGAUAUUCACAUUUCAGCGAUUCUGAUUUAGUUGUGCAGAGGUGGUCAGCACAACUUGCAUAUCCAAUAAACUAAAUUAAUGUAAUGUUGCCCUGGCUAUCUGGCACAGGUCAAAGUUCAAAUGCUAUGUGAUCUGGAGCAGGUGUAAAUUCAAUGGAUCAAAUGAUUUAUUUUGACAAUGAACAAAUUGAUAAAUCCCCAAAUGUUUGCAGUAGUAAACACACCACAAAUUAGGGUGCAUCAUGUGUUAAUGACGAAUGAAAGUGUUGAUGACUAAAACGAAAUACCUAAAAUAUAACAAUGCAGAAAGAUGCCCAUAGACUUCCAGUUAUGGCGCUAACGCUAGUUAGCAUUAACUUGCGAAACUACCUCUAAGUAACGUCAUACUGGACACAGACCUAAAAGGGUAACCAGGACUUCAUCUGACUCUGGGGAAGUAGAUAAAGGGCCUCAUUUCCAAAAUCCUAAAGUAUCCCAUUAACUUUUAAAUGAUUCAAGAAGGGAAAUUAAAACAUUGUUUAUGUAACUCUUCUCUAAACUACUUUUCAUAAGUUGACUCAAAUUCAUUAUUUGAUGCAUUUGUUCAUUCUGAACUCCAUUUGUCUUUCACUAGAACAUGUUACAAAAUAUAUUAAAGGGAUAGUUCACCCAAAUGACAAAAUUACACAUUGGUUUCUAUCCUUUAAGCAGUCUAUGCUUUGUUACCAAAUGUUAAUGUUUUAGCAUUUGUGGCACAAAUACUUGUCAUUUGGGUGAACUAUCCCUUUAAUAUAACUGGGUUGGCACUGGGAGAGAGCAGGGAGGGGUUGUGCAUGUGUGGUAGGGGAUUUGCACAAAAUGCUGAUAGGUUUCCAUCCAAUUAGUGACCGAUUUUCAUGCGAAUAUUCUAAAAUCUGUAUUAAAAACAAUGUGUAUUUUCCUACCAGAAAGAUUUCCAUCAAAUUGACUUGUUGUGGAUAAAAGUCUGUGCGUGAUGACGCAGUGCACAUACAAAAACUUUUGCGGUUCAAUUCCAAUGUACCGAAUAAAAAAGACAAGCUAGAUUGGUUUCUAUCGCA